ACCAGGACAUCAUUCAGCAGUAGCUCAGUGAACAAACAAACCAACAAAAUGUUCAAACUUUUCAUCUUCUCCUGCUUCCUCGCCUUCGCUGCCGCCAAGCCUAGCGUGGUAGCGCCUGUAGCGUACACCGCCGCAUACACCGCCCCUGUUGCCGCCGCAUACACCGCCCCUGUUGCCGCCGCAUACACCGCCCCUGUUGCCGCUGCAUACUCCGCCCCGCUAGCAUACUCCGCCUACACUGCCCCAGUUGCUGCGUACUCGGCGUACACCUACGCCUCACCCUAUUCUGCUUAUUACCUACGUCGUUGAUUUCUGCAGAAAUAUGACCAUUAAAUAAAUUUUAUUCUCAAUUA